AUGGCUUCAGCAAUAUCUACAGCCGUUUCCCGUGAAUACUUACUCUACUCCCACUCUGACCUGACCUCUCUUAAGAUCUAUCUGCUCACUUAUCUGCUAAAGCGCCCAUCCAUCCCAACUUACGCCCGAGAACAACUUCUCUAUGCUAUAGCAGUUCUCACCAAAAGGGGAAUUGAGGAUUACGACGAGCAGGAAAAACGAAAAGUUAUGGAUCAAAUGAGAGAGUUGUGUGGUGUGAGUGAAUGGGGACGUGAAUUGGCAAUUGGUUUGGGGAAAGCAUUGGUAGAUGAAUUUGGAAUGAUUCGGGGGAGCAGAGUUGGUGUUUCAUGGGACUAUCAUAAAAGGACUAAGGAAUAUUUUGAGUCUAAUUACCUCCUCCCGCUCUUCGAUCUUCUUCUUAACGUUCUUCAUGGGCAAUAUCAAACACACGCUCAAUCUCCACACUAUGUUUCUACUACACUCGCUGAUGACACGCGUAUUAGCAACCAUACCACAUCCUCUUCUAAUCCCUCCUUCAAUCCAAAGCAAGAUCCACUGCUAUUAAUAUGCUUCAGUUUGGCCGACAAGAUUUUGAGUUGGAAUUUUGAAAGAAAGAAGGAAGGCAUUAUGCUCGCUGGAGCCUUUGCAGCAGAAGGCGAGAUAAUUGAAGAAGACGAAUUAUUUGAAAGUGCUAUGACACCUGAGUUUCCAGCGUCGUGGAGGAGUUAUUUAACCAAUCCUGAUGUAUUAAAGAUGUUCUUUGCGCUGCACAAACUAGUGCAAGGAUCUGAGAUGGCCGCUCACCGCUCUCGCCAGUGUUUGAUACAACUUUCGGGGUUACAUGGGGAACUAUUUGAAGACACUGAACAAUUUAAGGCAUACGCAUCGAUAAUUAUAGAACAACUUAUGAAGCUUAUGGAUGAUCUUGCUCUGGCUUACUCUCUACCUACUCCAAUUCAACCACAAACACACGGUCCCACACUUUUGGGUGUUACCCAAAUGAUCCGCCGUCUACUGACCACCAUCCCACUCAACAUCCUCUGCUUUGUGCCAGAAGCGGGCCAGUUUCUGCAUAGCGUGGCUCAGCUUAGUGCUACCUGUCUCAGGGAGCCUGUAAGGAGUGGAUACAUGGUCGAUGAAUUAACGUGGUAUAUGGAGGCCUUCGAUGAUCUUUUGGCUGUUUGGGUUAUGUUAGUCCAAAAUGCCUUGGAACUUUGCGCAUCCCAGCCAACGUAUUCAAGAGGAAUGGACUAUCAGAGUCAGUCUUCUUUCGACACUACGGGCGUGCUUGGUUUUCUUGCAGAGGCUUGUAACCACAUCACGGCUACGUAUAUUGAAACACGCUUGGAGAUGGCCAAGUAUUUAGUCGAGGAAGAAGACGAGGAUCUCGAAGGAUUUAAGGAUUGGGAAACUUAUGAGGACCAACUUUUAGGUAUAUCUAUUCUUGCUCGAAUAGUGCCCGAGAGAACAAUUGGACGACUCUACCAAUGCCUGCAUGAACGGACAACAUACUUGAAGAAAUUUUUCGGUACAGGAGUUGGGGAAGAAAACAACAGCUUGGACUAUUUAUAUGAAACGACGCAUUGGUUAACUCUGAUUUCUGGAUUUGUGUUAGCUGACUCUGGCGAAGGAGAGCAGCCUCUUGUCCCGGACUCUAUGUCUAAUCUUAGCAAAGAGCUCGAUCAAGUAGUCAUUCUAACAAAGACAAUCCUCAGUAUAUUUGAAUUAGUCUCACUGGAUCCAUCGACCAUUGAGGCAUCACACUGUAGCCCCAGAGUUGCGGAGACAUUGUUCUGGUUUGUCGAACGAUGGGGAAGCACUUAUCUGUUACUCGAUGAGAAGGAUCAUAGCAUGAUGAGUCAGAACAUUGUCAGCGCGUUUGGCAGACCGUCAUCGUUUGGGGAAGGCAAGGCUGUUCUCGAUUUCUUAAUAGAUAAGAUACGAAUUAAUUUCAAACUUUGGAGUGCAGACUCUGAACCAUUGAUCCAGAUCGUUCGUACGCUCGACUCUUUUGGUAAACGUUCGGCAUUGAGAAACGGACUUCUGGAAUCAGACAAGUUUCCAUCAUUGGUUUCUUAUCUCACAGACAAUCUUAACGAAUUUCCUCCUACAACACACAGCGGUAUGAUAAAGACAAUUACCGUUAUAACUUCGGGAGCGCCCGAUGACGGAAUACGACGAAAAUAUUUCGAGUUGGUGACAAAUACUAUUGAGAAACGGUUUAUCAAUGUGUUGCAAAGACCAGAUUUAGCUCAGGUGUAUCAUAAUGGAGAACUCAUUAACGAUGUUAUGAAUACGCUAGAGAUGUUUGACGGUCUUGCAAUGGGCUCGAAUAUGUUAAAUUGCAUUCUCGUCUAUGAAUUUUGUGCAAGAUAUUUUGAGUCAUUCAUUAAACUCAUAAAUAUCUAUCAAAACUAUUAUGAGGUUUCAUUGCUUGUAUUGCAAUUCUUUGACUCUUUUGUGAAGUAUCAAGAUUUCGGGAAAUUGUCAAGCGAGCAGUCUCAAAUUCUCUACAACGCCGUCAUUGAAUUAUUUAAGAACUAUUUUGCAGCCAACUCUGGUAGACAACGAAUUGGAUGUUUGGAAGAAGAGGAGGACGAUCCGUAUGCAGAUAUAUGCCUGUUAUUAGAUCUUUUAUCAGAACUAAUGGCUUCAGAGUUUGAGGCGUGUGGAUGGGAUGUCUCAUCACGGAAACAGCCUUUAGGAGAUGUUGACGUCGCUAGCGUCGUUCUGUAUGGUCUCAAUCUUAUAAUACCUUUAAUAAAUUUACAAAUGUUAAAGUUACCAAAGCUAUGUAAGGAAUAUGUAAAGCUAAUAGCACAUAUCGUCGAGUUCUAUCCUGACAAGCUUGCCUAUCAAGCUAUUACGCCGUUGGCUCUAUUUGUCCAUAAUGAAGAACGAAAGCGCAAUUCCACAGCAACCGUUCAGCAUUUACAUGCACCAUUGGACAAGCUUUUGAGCGUGAUUAUGGACUGUCUAUUAUUCAAAGAAUUUAAUUCCGAUAUGCUUGAGCCUGCCGCUGAAGCUUUGAUAGCGUUAAUAUGUGCGCGAAGGAAUUCAUAUAACGGUCUUGUGCAUACAUUAGUAUCUCAGCAAAAUACACGCGAGUUUGAAGAUCGUCUGAGGGAUGCAUUUACGACGCUGCAAGCGAAUGUACCAGACACAUUACCUGAGACUGUUUUAAGUAGGCGAGAUGUUGGAUCUUUUCGAGAUGUUCUGUAUACAUUCUUAAUGAAUGUGCGGGGGUUCCUGAGAAUAAGAUAA